AUGGUAGUUCUUUCUCUUUCUCUUCUUCCCACAUACUGGCUUGCAAGGUCUUUUUAUUUUUCUGACAUUAAGGCUCCAUCUGUGGAAUUCUAUUACGUGGUGAACACCAGCUGAGACCUAUAGACACAACUGUUUUCUUCAACUCUCCAUUGAUACAGUCAUUGAUUUACUAGUGGGGCCACAUUCUGUGAGCCAUUCUUAUCUAUCCACUUCCUGCAUACUUAGAGAGAUCCAUGCUCUGAAUUCUGUUCAUCUGGAAAACCUUUACUAAUACAGACAUGUUUUUUCACCUUCCCAAGUAGGAAGAUGUGCUGGCGAACAAUAAUGCUCCUUAGUGAGUGGCAUCCAUCCCCUCCUUUUUUCCCAGGGCUGUCUGGAGUCUCAUAUGUAGCAAUUGCAUAUCAGCUGCGGUUUUCCUGAUGUCAGUGUAAAAUGAGAGAAGCAAACAUCACAUUUUGUGUCCUAAAAUCUCUCUUUAAUUGUAAAUAUCCUUGGAACCUAUAGUUCACUCUUUGUCAAGUUGAAUAAUGUACUCUGCAAGGUGUGGCUCUUAAUUCCUUGUUGGAGGAGGGGGCAGAGCGAGGAGUAGGAGAACCGGGGGCGGCCUUGGAGGAGCAAGAAGAAGAAAUUCCUGCUGAGUUCUGGAUGACAGAAAGAUAGACUAUUGGAGGACAGGACUGAAAGAAAGUCUUGCAGAUCUGAAAAGGGUCAGCUCCUGGAUAAGAAACCCGAUCUUGGAAGCCCUAUGCUGUGUGCCUUCAGUGCACUCUAACCCUAAGGGAGGUGCUCAUGUCAAUCAAGUCUCACUAACCAAUCAGGGCCUCCGGAUAGGCCCGCCAAUAGAAGUAGAGGCGUGUUCUUUAGUGUGCCUUGUUCCCCUGCUCUGCGUUCCGCUCCGUUGCGAGCAGGCUGAAAAAUUGGUGUGAUGUGUUUUGAUGUCUGCUGACAGGGGCCUUAGGGAAUUGCCAGCGAUCUACAACGUGGCGACAUGGUGAGCGUGUGACCACUGCCCUUAACCGGAAGGAGCAGGGAGUUAAGCAGCUGGAGUCCGGGUGAUGGGAUACAGGGGACCAGCCCUGACUGUUCUUGGUUCCUCUUCAGGCAGCGGAGGGGGAAAGAGUGUUUGAGGUGACAAGACUUGGUUUUCAGGGAUGUUUAGGGUUGCUGUUUAGUAUUAAGACAUUUGCCUAUCUUAAGUCUCAGUCGCGUUGCAGCCGAAGCUGACCUGCCCGAGUUCCUCUGAGGCAAGGCUGGACGCUGCAAUCUCUGGUAUUUAGAGCCUCCUCUUAAAAAGACAGGGGAUUAAGUGAGUAGCUUUUGUUCUAUCUCCACAGAAACUGGGCUGCUCUAACUUCCAUCCUGCUAGUUGAAGUCACAGGAAGAAAGGCGGGACACUUUUAAACAUGUCUUUAAUCUUUAUUUCCAAGUUCUUCUAAAAAGUUUCCUAUGAAAGUUCUCUAAGGAAAGGGAGUGGGUGAUUAAGUAAAGGAGUCAUUGCUAGAGCCUUUCCCUCUUGUCCAGAUGCCUCUUGCUUGCUAAGCUUGGGGGAAGUUUGGAGCAAUAAACUUCUCUUAAACCAGGAGAAGAGAGUCACCCUCACAGAAGCACAUUUGGAUAAAAUCACAUAAAUUCAUAUACAAAUUCAUACCCUUUUAGGAGGUUAGUUUGGUCCAAUGUAUGUUGAAUUUCCAAGUAGAGGGGACUCCUUUGCAGAUAUGUCCAAUCCACUUGCACAGUUACUUCAGCUCAGAGUGUUGAGAAGCUGUGUGUUAGGUUGCAUCUCUCAGCAGCUGACAUUGCACGUGGGGUGAGAUCAAACUAUAUCUUCUUUUUGGGGGUUUUUAAAUUUUUAUCUUUUUGGGGUUUUUUUUUUUGAGACAGGGUUCCUCUGUAUAGCCCUGACUAUCCUGGAACUAAAUAUGUAGACCAGGUUGUCCUCGAACUCAGAAACCCGCCUGCCUCUUCCUCCCAAGUGCUGGGAUUAAAGGCUUGCACCACCACUUGGCUUAACUUUAUCUUCUUAUGUCAUUAUCUCUGCCAGGGAAUGGCCUGCAAUUUUUCAAGAUCACUCUCCUUUACCAAUAACCAGACCAACGCCCAAUGGCUUAUCAACCCUCUCUUCUAUAGAAGAUUCUGAUGCUAGGAAUAUUUGCUCAAAGGCACAUACAUCCUGUUUUCUAUUAUACUUUUAAUAUGUAUGAUAUAUUGUAGUGUGAUUAGUGAGUCAAAGUAGCUGGGUGUCUGUAUCAGACCCUGUCUCAAACACAGGAAAUAAUCAAAAUUGUAUUUGUGAUAGGCUUGCAGACUCCAGUUUUUCUGUCUUUUACAAAUUAAUAUUAAGGUUAAAAUUAGAUUCCUUGUUAAAAGUCACCUUCUUUGUUUGUUUGUUUGUUUGUCUUUGUGACUUGUUCUUUAUUUAUAGUUUUGUGAUUUCCACAUUAGAAAUGGAUUCCAACAUUCCUGAUAUGUUCUGUUAACUGUGUGAUAGUGAACUAAGUUACUAACUGAAAAAGAUUCCACUUUUGUAAGCAUAUGCUAUGUACAUAGGCCUUGAGCUUGACUAUAAAAGCACUCCCCUGCUUUUUAAUAAAUCGAUUUCUCUUUAUUCAAAUUACGGCGUGCUCACUGCCUUCCUCCCAGUCACCCCCUCCCCAUAAUUCUUCCUCCAUCCCCCCCCCCCCCUGAGUCGAUGGGCCACAUUGUAUUACCUAGAUUUGGUAAUACAAUGUAUUUGGUAGGACUCAUGUAGUAUUUUGGUUUCAUAGUAAGUUCAAAUUUUUAUUCAGAUUCUUGAUUGCCUGGUGUGUGGACCCAAAAAAUGGGCCAGUCAGACUCUUGUCAAUGGUCUAAAAUUGAUUGCCUCACUGUUCAUUCUUUUUUUUUUUUUUAAGAUUUAUUUAUUAUUAUACAUAAGUACACUGUAGCUGACUUCAGACACACCAGAAGAGGGCAUCAGAUCUCAUUACUGGUGGUUGUGAGCCACCAUGUGGUUGCUGGGAUUUGAACUCAGGACCUUCAGAAGAACAGUCCGUGCUCUUACCUGCUAAGCCAUCUCGCCAUCCCUCGCUGUUCAUUCUUUUUUUUUUUUUUUAAAGACUUAUUUAUUUAUUUAUUUAUUAUAUGUAAGUACACUGUAGCUGUCCUCAGACACUCCAGAAGAGGGAGUCAGAUCUCAUUACGGAUGGUUGUGAGCCACCAUGUGGUUGCUGGGAUUUGAACUGCUGACCUUCGGAAGAACAGUCGGGUGCUCUUACCCACUGAGCCAUCUCACCAGCCCCGCUGUUCAUUCUUAAUAUUACAUACUGUCAAAGCAGCAAAGUUAUCUACUUCUUUUUGUCCUGUCCUUUCUGGGCUGUGACUACACUACUUUCAAAGUUCCUGAACUAGAAUCCUGAGCAUUGAAGGUGUAUGUGUGCCUUCAGCACACUCCAACCCUAAGGAGCAUGCUUAUGUCACUCAAGAAUCACUGGCCAAUCUCGGCACCGGGGCAGGCCAAUCAGGAGAAUAGGAGGGUUCUUCUCAGUACCUUCUACCAUACUGGAGGUUCACCUCUAUUGUGAGACUGUGACAGCUGCCCCUAACCUGAAAGAGCAGGGGCAUGAACAAUUGAAGCUGGGGAAGUGGGCACUUUCCUUGGCUGGGUGAGAAGCAGUGGCCAGAUAUGCUGAGCCAUCUCUCCAGCCCCAAGUUAAACACUUUAAAAAGUUGCCUUGGAUGAAUGGCUGGAUGGAUGGGUAGAUGGGUGGGUGGGUGGGGCAGAACCUUCAAAUAGUCUUGUUCUGAGGUUAGAAAAGAUCAGCAGGCAUGUUCAUAUUAGAACCGUAACUACAGUGCUCUUAGGUGAUGUUUCCUUGAUAUUUUCUGUAUUUGUGUUCUCUGUCCUUUAUGUAUGACAGAGUUGUGGCAUGGAUCUAUCUUUUAAAACUCUUUUCUAGAUCUUACAUUAUGGACUAAAAGAUAGUUUUGCUCUGUAAAACUCCAUCAGGCUCAGUGGCUACACUUGCAAAGUCCUGUCCCCCAUUAAAUUAUUCAAAGUAUAACCUGGGGGCUGAUCCUACAAGGACUUAUUGAUGACAUCAUAUGUGGAAUUCAUGCUGUUUCCUAGGCUGGGUCUUCUUUGGGCAUCAGCCAGAGGUGAAUAAGUGAUCUCUCCCUGGGAAAGAUGUUAAUCCACACCAGCUGUACCUGCAGGCUUUAAAUAAUGUUUCUGAGACAAGCUUUCCUAGGUUGAGUCAGGUAGCAUUGAUUCCGCUCUGUUUUUCCCCAGGACAGUGACAUUGUUCUCCUCUUGACUAAACCAACUAAAUACUUAAGUCUAAAUCUCUAUCACCACUGUGUUUUUAAAUUACUUGCUGAGUCAUGUAUGUAAUCAACUUUUUUAUUACAGUAAGAGGAACAGGAUUUGCCUGACAGGAAUAGCUUCUGCAUUCACACCAGAAGAUAAGGGAGUUUAUUGUGAUCCCUACUGGGGAAACAGGGUAGGCAAUCAGCUGCUGGAGUUCCCACUAUGAACAAGACCUGCUUAUGGAAGGGAGGUGAUUUUUAAUUUUGGAUCAUGUAUUAAUCACAUUCUGUGAUGAAGACAGCCUAUAUUGAUGGGUGUUUGAGUUGUGAAUGUCAGUUAAGCCAGUGAGUAUUCAAUUUGCAUGUAGGGUACUGUUCUACAGAUACAUGUGCAAUCUUCACUGACAUCAUUAAGUCAGCUCAGGAAUUGAAACCCAGGCCAUCGGGUGUAGUUGCGUGUGUCAAGAUACAGGUGUCAGCACUUAAGAAUCCACAUAGAGGCAAGUUCAAAUAGUGUUUGAUUAAUGCUAUUCCUGAUGUGAGGAUAUGGGCUGCUAGUUUUGAAUGUCAGUAUUGGUAUGCUGUUUUUUAGUAAUAUUUAAGUUUGAAAAAAUCAAUUAUUGGUUCCCCUUUCAAUGUAAUUUCUGUGAAUUCAGCUCUGCUCUGAUCUCUUCCUAUUUGCAAUUGUGUUGUAUUUCCCAGGUAUAACAAUUACUUUUCAUUUUUUACAAGGUAGGUUUAGGACAAGGUCUCUUGAUGCCCAGGUUGGCUCAUGCUAUGUAAUUGAUAACUGCUUUGCACAUCUGGUCCUGUCCCUAAGACCACAUGAUGGGAAGACAGUGCUGCAUCUCUUCUAGCCUAGGCUUUGAAGGGGAUAGUUUUCCUGGUUUGGCAGUACUUGACAUUAGCAAUGAGAAGUGAGGUAAUCAAUUUGACCUGGUCGAUAAUCACCUUGACUGGCCAUUACUCUGGCUGCAGAAAAGGCAGUCAUGAAUCUGGAUAAAGAAUUGAACUUAUUGUCAACUGUAAUUGACACUACUUCAAGUAGUUCAAAUUACUGUGUUAAAAAAAGUUGAAUAACCUAAAACUGAAACAGGUGGGCAUUGUGAAAGUGUUUUUUAUUAUUUGCAACAUUUAACAUGGGAGAACCCUUCUUUAUUCUGGAGCUUUUGAAUUGACAAAAACGUCUUUAAUCUAGGCCACAGCUUCUGGUGGCAUCCUACAUUUAUAAAGGAUAUUGAAGAUGCUUGCUCCUUCUCUUUUUCUGCUUGCCAUACUCUGGCAAGAGAGAUCAUUUGAUUUUUCUAGCAUUAGAGGUUCCAUCUUUGGAAUUCUGGUAUAUGAGGAAGGCCAGUUGAGACAUACAGACACGACUGUAUCCUUCAACUUCCCAUUGGUACGCAGUUAUUAGAUUCCUAGUUGGACCACAUUCUGCGAGCCAUUCUUAUAUAUCUACUUUCUACAUACAUAGAGAGAUCCAUACUAUCAGUUCUGUUCAAGUGGAAAUCCUUUAAUAAUACAGAUGUUUUUUUCACCUUUUCACUCAGGAAGAUGUGCUGGCUAACAGUAGUGCUCCACAGUGAUUGGAAUCCAUUUCCUCAUUUCCUGCUUUUCUCCCAGGGUUGUCUGGAGAAUCAUAUUGAAAGAGCAAGAGAAACCCUAUUUUUCUCCAUCUAAGGAGCCCCUUUGUUGCCAUUUGAGGACCAGUCCUUAUUUCCAAAAGAAAAGACUCUGUGACCUGGGCAGGUCACUCAGGAAGCAUUUUGCUUGGGGUGACCUGAGUUCAGAUACCAACACCCAUGUUUACUACCUGCAACUCCAGAUCCAGGGGGUCUGACACCCUCUUCUCUGAUGUGCCACUUGCACAUACAUGGAAAACUUCCUCUCUCCCGUGAAAUCAUACACAUGAACAUAGGCACAGACAUGACUUCAAAGGUGCUAAUAUCUUAUAAUGCAAGCUAAAGUCAAUCCUGUUGGGGCUAAAGUUAUCCCCAUUGUGUCCUGGGAUCCUUUCACUUCCCUGGCUUCUGGGACUCUCCAGUGGCUACCCCCAGUUCCUCAUCCACUACUGGACUGAAUCAUCCACACUCUGGUUUUCUUUCCCCAAAGCACCAUAUGGUCUGUGGGUAAAAAAUGAGUACAGAGCUAAAGGAAGAAUUCUCAACUGAGGAAUGUAGAAUGGCCAAGAAGCACGUAAAGAAUUAUUCUGCAUCCUUGGUCAUCAGGGAAAUACAAAGCAAAACAACUCUGAGAUUCUACCUCACACCAAUCAGAAUGGGUACUUCACACAGACAGGUACCAGCAAGACAUGCUCAUACAUGAAAUAAAAAUUAAGUAUAAAAUAUGGAGUCUUCUACAUGGAUGCUGCAGCCUUGAGACACACAGCAUUCGGGACAAGAAUGCAGUGACUUAUGGGGACGUGCAUGUGAACUUCACUCAAGAGGAGUGGGCUCUGCUGGAUCCUUCUCAGAAGAAGCUCUACAAAGAUGUCAUGCUGGAGACCUACAGGAACCUCAAUGCUAUAGGAUUUAAUUGGGAUGACAAAAAUACUGAAGAACAUUGUCCAAGUACCAGGAGAUGGAGAAGGACUUUCCAACUAUGACGUGAGUUAAUGGCUGAAAUGGACUAUUGGAGUGUAAUAGAAUGCACACACAAGAUUCUACAGAAUGCAGUGACUUAUAAAGACGUACAUGUGAACUUCACUCAAGAGGAGUGGGCUCUGCUGGAUCCUUCCCAGAAGAAGCUCUACAAAGAUGUCAUGCUGGAGACCUACAGGAACCUCAUCGCUAUAGGAUUUAAUUGGGACGACAAAAAUAUUGAAGAACAUUGUCAAAGUUUUGGAAGACACACAAGGCAUGAAAGAAUUCAGAGUGCAGAGAAACCCUCUGAAUAUACUCAAGGUGGUAAAGCAUUUGCUUUACAUGCUCACAGUCAUGCUCAAAGGCAUGAAAGGAUUCAUAGAGAAAAGAAACCCCAUGGAGUUAUUCAAUUUGUUGAAGCCUUUGCUCAACAUAGUCUCCAACUUCGUAAAAGAGUACAAACUGGAAAGAAACUCUAUGAAUGGAAGCAAUGUGGUAAAGCCUUUGAAGAUCACAGUCAUCUUAAAAGCUAUGAAGGAAUUCUUAUGGGAGAGAAACCUUAUGAAUGUCACCAGUGGGAAAAAGCCUUUUCAAGUCACAGUAAUCUCCUACAACCUAAAGGAAGACAUACUGGAGAGAAAUGCUAUGAAUGUGAUCUGUGUGGUAAAGCCUUUUCACAACAUAGUCGGCUUAAAAGGCAUGGAAGAAUUCAUACUGGAGAGAAACCCUACAAAUGUGAUCAAUGUGGUAAAGCCUUUUCAGAACACUGUAAUCUCCAAAAGCAUAAAAGAAUACAUACAGGAGAGAAACCCUACAAAUGUCAUCAAUGUGACAAAGCCUUUUCCCAACAUCAUAGUCUCCAAAAGCAUAAAAGAAUACAUACAGGAGAGAAACCCUACAAAUGUAAUGAAUGUGAUAAAGUAUUUAGACAAAGCAGUGAUCUCCAGAAGCAUAGAAGAAUACAUACAGGAGAAAAACCCUACAAAUGUAAUCAGUGUGACAAAGCCUUUUCCCAACAUCAUAGUCUCCAAAUACAUAAGAGAACACAUACAGGAGAGAAACCCUAUAAAUGUAAUCAAUGUGACAAAGUCUUUUCCAGGCAUAGUACGCUCCAAAUACAUAUAAGAAUACAUGCUGGAGAGAAACCCUUCAAAUGUAAUGAAUGUGAGAAAGCCUUUUCACAACAUAGUAACCUCCAGUCGCAUAGAAGAAUUCAUACUGGAAAGAAACCCUACAAAUGUAAUGAAUGUGAGAAAGCCUUUUCACAACAUAGUAACCUCCAGUCACAUAGAAGAAUUCAUACUGGAAAGAAACCCUACAAAUGUAAUACAUGUGAAAAAGCCUUUUCAAAACAUAGUAUACUCCAUUCACAUAGAAGAAUUCAUACUGGAGAGAAAUCCUACAAAUGUAAUCACUGUGAGAAAGUCUUUUUAGGACAUUAUGAUCUUCAAAGACAUAAAGGAAUACAUACUGGAUAGAAACCCGAUGAAUGUGAUCUAUGUGUGAAAGCCCAUGUACGUCACAGGAAUCUUCAAAAGCAUAAAAGAAUUCAUACUGUAAAGAACGCUUAUGAAUGUAUAUAAUAUGGUAAAAUCUACAAAUAUUCAUAGUCUUAAUCUUCAUGAACAUAUUUGUAUUGACAAGAAACCCUCUGAAUAUUAACUGUGUGAUAAAACCUAUCCCAACACACUUAUCUCCUAAUGCAUCAAGGAGCACAUACUGGGGAGACAGAGGUUGGGGCGGUUAACUUAUGAAUGUACACAAUGUGGUAAGCCUUUGCAUAUGACAGUCAUCUUUGAACAUUUAAAAAAAAUACAUAAUGUAUCACAAUACAAGAAAAAACACUCUGGUGAAACCUUUGUAAAUAAUAUGGUAAGGCCUUGGCAGGUGACAUUUAUCUCGUAAUGUAUGAAACAACACUUGUAAGAAACUUCAUGAAAAUAAGCAAUGUGGUAAAGCUUGUGCGUGUACGAGUCAUUCUGGAAAUUAUGAGAAAAGUCCAUGCUGCAGGGAAGCCCUAUAAAUGUAGUCAUUGUGGGAAAUUUUUGCACUUCACAGUGUGGGAACUAGACAUGGUGUAAGGAUGUAAACUCUGAAGUUCAGCCACAGUGACAUAUUUUCUCCAGUAGGGGAACAUUUCCUUAAUCUCCCCAAAUGACACUACCAACUGAGAAGGAUUGAUUUCUUUGCUUUUAAGCCUUUAUGAUUGCUUUGUGUUACAUGAGCGCAUUCAUGAUGAAGGAAAACUGGGUAAGCCUUCAGAUGCCUCCACUCCUGUGUUAUAGUAAUGAAUUCUUGUAUAAGAAGAACAGCAUGAGAAAAUAUGAGAUUUGUCUGUGGCUUUGUGUGAGGAUGUGCAUGCUGAUUUCCAAGAAAAUUAAGCUGCUGUACCUUCUUAUAGCAGGAAAUAAAGGAAGAUGUCAAACCCUGA